AUGAAUGAAUACCACAUAGGCCCAGAACCUGUUCGAAAUCGAGCAGAUCCAUAUCGAUAUAUUACACACAAGCACCCAAUACGGUCUACAAAUGAAAAUAAUGCAGACUUUUGGCAAAAAAGAGCCCAAGUAACAGUUCGUGAGCAUUUAUACAAACGUAUUAACAAACAAAAAGCAAAAAAUGUUCUCAUGUUUUUGGGUGAUGGUAUGUCCAUACCAACAUUGGCUCCCGCCCGAAUUUAUAAAGGCCAAUUAAAUGGUGAAUUGGGAGAACAAUCACAUUUAUUCUUUGAAACUUUCCCCUACACUGGUUUAAGCCAAACAUAUUGUGUAAAUGCUCAAGUUGCCGAUUCAGCAUGUUCAGCAACCGCAUAUUUAUGUGGUGUAAAGGCUAAUGAAGGCACAAUGGGUGUUACGGCUGCAGUAAAACGAAAAGAUUGUAAGGCUCAAAGUGAUCCAAACAACCAUGUUACGUCCAUUGCACAAUGGGCAUUAGAUGCUGGAAAGGCAGCAGGAAUUGUAACCACAACUCGUGUAACAGAUGCUUCACCUGGCGGAACCUACGCACACACUGCUAAUCGUGAUUGGGAGUGUGAUACUGAUAUUAUUAAGGAUAACCAAGAUCCAACAAUUUGCCCAGACAUUGCAACACAAUUGAUCACAUCAUCUACGGGCAAACAUUUCAAGGUUAUAUUAGGCGGAGGUCGUCGUGAAUUUUUACCAAAGAACGUGACUGAUGAAGAAGGUUCACAAGGCCAUCGUUCAGAUGGAAUUAACUUAAUUAAAACAUGGCAAAACCAGAAACAAAUUGCUGGUCUUAAUGCAAAAUAUGUUUGGAAUAGAAAUCAACUUUUAGAAGCUACAGCAGAUUCAGAUUUGGAUUCACUAUUGGGUCUUUUUGAAAGUGAUCAUUGUCUUUACAAUUUAGACACAAAUAAAGAAACUGAACCUACAUUAGCUGAAAUGACUGAAGCAGCAAUAACUGUUUUAAAUAAAACUUCAAAUGGAUAUUUCUUAUUUGUGGAAGGUGGGCGUAUCGACCAUGGUCACCAUGAAACUCGAGCUCAUAAAGCUUUGGAUGAAACCGUACAACUUUCUGACGCAAUACGAAAAGCUGUUGAAUUAAUUGACUUAGACGAUACUCUCGUUGUUGUUACUAGUGACCAUGCUCAUACAAUGAGUUUUGCUGGUUACGCAGACCGUGGAGGUGAUAUUUUAUCAUUAGCUGGAAUGGGGCAAGAUAAGUUACCAUAUUCAACGUUAAGCUAUGCAAAUGGUCCUGGAUAUAAACGUCCAGUAAAAGACAAACGCAGUAAAAAUUUUAUACGUUACAAUAUUUCAAAUGAUGAUGUGUCAUACAAAGAUUAUCAAUUUCCUGCAAUAGCUCCGUUGGCAUCGGAAACUCAUGGGGGUGAUGAUGUAGGUGUAUUUGCAUUAGGACCAUGGUCACAUUUAUUUACAGGAAUGAAUGAACAAAAUGUUAUACCACAUUUAAUGGCAUUUGCAUCCUGUGUGGGAGAUGGUUUAACCUACUGUGAUCUCCGUUUAGAACCAUGA